AUGGCGAAGGUCGUUCUCUUUGACCGCCUAGCAAGGUGGUAUUUAUUGUUUCAACAGUUUGAAAUCAUCUAUGUGCCACAAAAGUCUGUCAAGGGGCAAGCUUUAGCCGAUUUCUUAGCAGAUCAUCCAAUACCAGCUGAAUGGGAGUUAUCUGAUGACCUACCUGAUGAGGAUGUGCUUAUCAUUGAAGUCCUACCCCCAUGGAAAAUGUAUUUUGAUAGAGUCGCACAUAGAGGAGGGGCAGGAGCUGGAGUUGUCUUCAUCACCCCGGAAGGUGAAGUGUUGCCAUAUUCAUUCACCUUGACAGAGCAAUGUUCCAACAAUGUUGCCGAAUAUCAAGCAUUGAUACUGGGACUAGAGAUAGCGGUUGACAUGAAACAACUAAGAAUCAACAUUUAUGGAGAUUCAAAGUUGGUCGUCAACCAAGUGAUGGGGCUAUACGAAGUAAGGAAAACAGAGUUAGUCUCGUACAACAACUAUGCAAAGAUACUCAUGCAAUGGUUGGGUGACGUCACAAUUGAGCAUGUACCGAGAAAAGAGAACAAGCAAGCUGAUGCCUUAGCCGCAUUGUCUUCAACUAUUGCUCAUCCUACAGCCCGAAUACAAGUAUGUCAAAAGUGGGUAGUUCCACCUAUCUUCAAUGAAGAUGGCUCAGUAGAUGAAACUGUUGAACUCCCCACUGCUUUCGUUUAUGAUAUUGGCCAAGAUGACUGGAGACAAUCACUGAUUGACUACUUCACUGAUGGAAAGUUACCAGAGGAUCCUCGUAAGAGGGUGGAUAUAAAGCACCGAGCUCUUCGCUUCAUCUACUAUAAUGAGACGUUAUAUCGUCGUUCAUUUGAGGGAGUUUGGCUCCGAUGUCUAGGAAAAGAGGAGGCAUUACAAGCUAUGCAGGAGGCUCAUUCUAGAGUUUGUGGUGCGCAUCAAUCUGGACCUAAGUUGCACUUCCACAUUAAACGAAUGGGCUAUUAUUGUCCUACAAUGGUAAAAGAUUGCAUAGACUAUGCUCGAAGAUGCCAAGCUUGUCAAUUUCAUGCAAACUUCAUCCAUCAGCCACCAGAGCCUCUACAUCCAACAGUUGCAUCAUGGCCUUUCGAUACUUUGGGACUCGAUGUGGUUGGCCCGUUUACGCCCAAGUCAUCUGCAGGGCAUGCAUACAUAUUGGCCGCCACUGACUACUUUUCAAAGUGGACGGAAGCCGUAGCGUUAAAGGAGGUAAAAAAGGAAAAUGUUGCAGACUUCCUCCGCGUCCAUAUCAUCUAUCGAUUUGGCAUCCCGCGAUAUAUCCUAACUGAUAACGGGAAACCCUUUGACAAUAAAUUGAUGGACAAGAUCUGCAAACUUUUCAACUUUCAGCAGCGAAACUCUUCAGCUUAUUAUGCAGCUGCAAAUGGGCUUGCUGAAGCUUUUAACAAGACCCUAUGCAAUCUGUUUAAAAAAGUGGAGGGUCUUACUGACGAAGAAAAUGCUAAAUUACGCUUGGCUGAAUUAGAAGGCUUGGAUGAAAAGCGACUACAAGCUCAACAGAGCUUAGAAUGUUAUCAAGCUCGUAUGUCAAGAGCCUUUAACAAAAGGGUGAGGACCCGUUCCUUUCAAAUUGGUGACAAAGUCCUAGUUGUUCGAAGGCCUAUCAUUGUGACACGAAAAACCGGCCACAAGUUCACUCCAAAAUGGGAUGGUCCCUACGUGGUUCAAGAGGUAUACACCGGUGGAGCUUAUAAGUUGAUUAGCGAAGAUGGUCUGAAAGUUGGUCCAAUAAACGGGAGAUUCCUGAAGCUCUACUACCCUUAA